AUGUCGGAUUCAAAGAGAGGAAAGCGCUCUCGGUCUACGCCCAAAUCCGAGAAGCAAUCCAAGGUCGAUGUAGCGUCCAGCGUAGGCAGAAAGCGGCGGCCGAAGAAAAGCGACGAAAACAAGGAAGGUAAGCACAGUAGCCGAGACAGCAAGAGCGGUCACGAAGCGAGGACGAACAAGGAAUCGGUGCUGAAGGACGUUGGUACAGUCAAGGCUGACGGAAAGGCUGAGCACGAGUUCUCACCCGAGACUAAGAAAGCGGCAAAGGAGUUCUUCCAACAAGUGAGCUACUUUUACUUGAUUGAUAAGCCAAAAGUUUUUUUCAGAAUAUUGGUUAUGCUUUAUGAAAGUUCAGUUUUUCUUAUGAGGUUGGUUUUACAACUAAUUUCUAUAUACUUUAAGGUCAAGAAGUACGGUUUCCAUCAUUUGCGGUUACAGUACAACGAGAUCAGGCUGAUACCCAUUACUCAGCCGAGCACCGCCGGCACGCAAGCUGUGGAAUUGUGCAGGUACAAAGGUUCGUCUUAUGUUUUAUACUUCACCAUUAAUUUUAUUUGAGGUUUGGGAUGAGCAACAUUAAGAUAACGUUAACCUUUUUCAGACGUGCCGUGCUUUGACUACAACCGUGUCGUUCUGAAAGAUGGAGAACAAAACAAUUUUAUUCAUGCCAAUAUUGUCGACUUUCCAGGGCUUCUACUGGCUUCAAUAAUCUGUACUCAAGGGCCCAUUCAGGCAACUGUACCUGACUUUUGGAGAAUGGUAUGGCAGGAAAAGGUAGUCUUAUAGAUAACAUAAUAAUGUUAGGUGUAAAUAGGAAUGUAUGACUUUGUGGAAACUGAUAAUAGGUGUAAUAUGAGAUGUAAGCAAGUUUUUUACGUUAUUUUAGUGUCGCCAAAUCAUAAUGUUGUGCAACUGCGUGGAGAUGGGGAAGCCUAAGUGUUUCCAGUACUGGCCAAGUGAAGCCGGCGCUGUCUUGGAGGCAGGAAAGUUCACAAUCACAUGUACCGAGAAGGAACGCAAAGAAAAGCAUUUUGUUAUUUCCAAGUUGAAGGUGAAGCUCGGGUCAGACACCUGGAGUGUCACUCACCGGCAAUGGGAAAACUGGCCAGACAAAAGUGUACCAGAAACCCCGCUGGCACCGUAUCGUUUGUUGGAGUACGCGAGGAAGGGAACGUAGGUUUUAAAAGGUUUUACGGUAUAAUAUUCUGUUAAAUGGUGUAGAGGUAUCUUGUCUUAUAGAUGGUGACACUGAAAGCAAAAAUUGUUGAGAUUAGAAUUAGCAAUAUUGUUAUUGUAAUGAAGGAAGAAGGCUAAUUUUCUAUUAUAACUGUUUUCAGCACGGUUGUUCACUGUAGUGCAGGGGUCGGUCGCACGGGAACGUUGGUGGCGUUGGAGCUGAUCUACCGAACCUUGAAGAAGGGAGAGGUUCCAGACGUGAAAGCAAUAGUUACCGAGUUACGCACAAAGAGAUCUCAUUCCGUACAAACUGAGGACCAGUACUUGUACCUAUUCUAUGCUACGAUGCAGCUGCUACGAUUCAAGGCCAAAGAUCACAUUGAAAUUUCAUUUCUCAAAAGUAGGCAGUACAUUACCUUGGUUCUACUCACCUUAUGAUCACUUGUCAUACUGUUUCUGACUGAGCACUGACUUUUUACCUGACUUUUUAGGAUUUGUCGAGUUGUACAAGGUGUACCUCCAAAAGCUUCUGGCCAAUGGUGGCAAGUACUUACCGUUGGAAGCUACAGCAGAGGACUGGGAAGAAACUGUACGAAACAAGAAGAAAGAAGACAAGCCCGAAGAUGCUUCGCCUGCUCCUGAGUCUACCUCACCUGUGUCACCACUCGUUGUAGCGGUACCAACGGCAGGGGAAGAGAGCCGACCAGCUGACGACGAUUACGAUAAGAAGCCGGAGAAGCCAGCGGAUGAUAAGACUGAGAAGAGGAAGAAGUCCAAACCCAAACACGACGAUGAAGCAAAGCAUGAGAAGAAGCACGAUCAUCAUGAUUCUAAAAAAGAAAGCAAGCGGGAGAAGCACGAUAACCAUGAAUCCAAGAAAGAAGCCAAACGCGAAUCUAAAUGGGAACGGAAGCCAGAACUUAAACACGAAGAUAAGGUAAUAUUGUUGUAAUUAGGUUUAUUAUCCAAUUGAUUUAUGCUUAUUUUGUCAUCAAUAUUGUUUAGGAGAAGGAUGCUGACGAUUCUAAGAAGCGGCACAAGCAUUCAGAUGCCAAGAAGGAGCACAAAGAGAAAGUAGAGGCACCUGAUGUCUACCACAAGCCGAAGGAGACCAUGGAGCCGUCGUCGUCUGUUCCAGAGCCUCAGGAAGCCCCCAAAUGUCAUUCUCCAGUUCAUGCUCAUUCACCUCCGAAGCAAGCUCGUGCCGCUCCCGUAGCUGCCGCUUCGGCCCCUGCUCAUCAUGCACCUGCUGCACCAGCCGCACCAGUUCAGCCUGCACCAGCUUCACCUGCGCCUGCUCAGCAUGCACCAGCCACUCCAGCAGGACCAGCCCAACACCCACCAGCUGCACCACAACCCGCCCAACCAGUGCCAGCGGCUGCAUCUCCAGUUGCUCCACCUUCUGUAGCUUGUGGAGCUUUUGGAGCCGCGGCCAACCAGUCUGGCUAUGCUCAACCGACGCGCCCUUCAACGCCACCACCCCCACCUCCACCCCCGCCUAAGGCAGAGCCAAAGCCAGAAGAACACCCCAAGAUAAUAUACCAUAAGCCAGCCGGCUACACCAAAGUGUUGGCGGGCAGUGUUCCUCGCUUUGUCCCAGUAGUCAACCCUCCACCUCAAGAUAAGAAUCCUCCGAAGUGA